AUGGAUUGCGAGCAUGCUCUCCAAAGCGUCCUAGAGGAACGCAAGCUUGUGGCCGAGCAGCUAGCUGCUCGAUGGUUGACUUUUGUUUGCACUGCCAUCGAGUGUGUGAUCACCGCGCUCAUUUACUUCUACGGUUCCUACCAUAAGAACCGAGAAGCCGCAAAGAAGGCAGCACUCCCGCCAAGAGAGUCCCAACAGCAGCAGGUCAGGGGCAUUGUACGAACUCUCUACGAGUACUUCUUCGUGGCCAGUGAGGGGGCGCCCUUCCUCACAGCGGCACAGCAGGAUUGGAGACUCGUUACGACCGCGGUGAGGGACCUGAGGGUCGAGUACCAGUUCUUCAGGAAGAAGGCGUUGAAUGCACUCGACAACACGGACACGGAAGAUACCCCUGAGCGGGAUAUCUGA